UUGGUCAACAUCGGCUUCGCUUUGUUGAUUUUUCUGUCGAAAUUCACGGAUAGAAUCGAGAAAAAUUCCUGUCCCGGCAGAUUGAGUUCAAACAUAAUUCUUAAUCGUUUUCGUCCGUCCGUCUCGUUAUCCGGUCCGAAACCCGUGUAUUUGUGGAAUGGCAGUGAAGUGCAUUAUUUAUUCUCUAUAUCAUUUUAUUUAAGUGUCAGGUUUUGGUUCAAAGUGUCGGGACAAAUCUGUUUUUGAUUGCGAUUCAGCCUUUGUAGGAAAGCCGUGUUUAUUCCAGCCUUGCGUUUAUUUUACACAGGUGCUUCUUUUUUUUCUUUUUUUUGUACGAAUUUCAAAUGGAAUAUUCACAAUUUGGUCCGGCGCCGAGUUGAAACGCGGACGCAUAAAAUGAAGGAUUUUUUAUACAAACCUAACAAAGGCUGAAUUUCCGUUCUUCAGUGUCUUUUUUUUGUGUUUUGUUUUGUUUUUAUCCGGGGCCUAUAUAUCUGCGAGUCGUGGCUGUAAAAAACAACGCCCGAAAUAAUUCGAUCUCAGUUGAAUAUCCGCCGUCCCCCGUUGGUUUUUCCGUAGAUCCCUCAAACCCGACGACUCGUCCGAUUUUCCGAUAUUUUCCGAUCUUGUCUGCUUUGACUGGCGAGACUCGGACUUUUGUCUCAAUGCUUGUUUUUUCGGCCAAACUCGACCCAGUACGUUGGAAUGCCAUUGAGGCUGGACCUAGAACAAUACUAGGUGCGAGCCAAACCAACCCUCUUAUAUGAUAACAUGCUGUAAUCAGAAUGGGAUUUGCUCAAGCCGGGUUUUUAAUUUGCAUUUUUGUUGGCUCACUUAUUCAUGUGUGCACUAAUAAAUCUAUUAUUUCUCAAUUUCCAACCCAGCAGUUGGGCAAUUGCUCCACUUCAAAGAUAAAAAAAUUGACUCAUCUCGCUGUUGAUCCGGUUACUGGUCGAGUGUACGUAGGCGGGAAGAAUCGCAUCGUUCAGCUCGACUCUUCAUUAAACCUAGAAGAAUGUGUUGUAACUGGUCCAGAACAGGAUAGUGUUCUCUGCCAUGCACGAGGAUGUGAUUCGCCCAACAUCGAGAAAGUUUUAACCGAUAAUGUGAAUAAAAUAUUAGUGAUAGAUCCACAGGCUCGAACGUUAAUAUCAUGUGGUUCUAUACUUCAAGGUGCUUGUGAAAAAUAUAAAUUAAGUAAUAUUUCUGUAGAUAGACAGUUUUACCCAAACAGUAUAGCCGCAAAUGAUGAAGUGUCUUCUACGUAUGCAUUCAUUGGACCUGAAAAGUAUAAUAUGUGGGGGAAUUCUAAUGUUCUGUAUGUAGGGACUACAUUUACGAACAAUGGAGAAUACCGCCAUGAUGUUCCAGCGAUAUCUAGUAGAGAUUUGUUUAAUUUAGAAUUUGCAGAAUUGUCUUUUUCCAAACAAUCUUUGCUUCGAAUCGAUGUUAAAUACAGAGACCAUUUUUUAGUUAAAUAUGUCUACGGUUUCAAUUCCAGUGAUUACGCCUACUUUGUUAUUGUACAAAAACAGUCGCAUUUACCAGGCCAAGAAGAAUUGGGAUACAUAACAAGACUAGCUAGAGUGUGUAUUAACGAUGCCAACUACGACAGCUAUACAGAAAUUACAAUUCAGUGUUUAGUCGGCGAGGGAUCAGAUCAAAAGAAUUAUAAUCUCAUCCAAGAUGCCAAAUUAUCUUCUGCUGCUGAUGAAUUAGCAAUAUCCCUAGGAAUUGAUCCAGGAGAUCCAAUUCUUACAGCCUCAUUUUCACCCAGCAAAUCUAUCACAAAUGAACCGGUAUCGCAUUCAGCUGUCUGCGUAUACAGUAUGGCAGAUAUAGAGGCAAAAUUUAAUGAAAAUAUCCAUCUUUGUUUUAACGGAAGCAAUAAAUAUCGAAACAUGCCAUAUGUUUCUGGUUUAAUUCUGGACGGGGACUGCCCUCAGGCUGGGAGCACUGGUAAUAUUUUAAAUUUCUGCGAAGUCGGCUUGAAAAUUUCUGGAUUUACUCCUAUAAAAGCAUUGUCUGCAAUUAAUUUUGAUAACAUCUUAGUAACUUCAGUCACGAUGGCAACUACAGAAAGGAAUACUGUUGCUUUUCUUGGAACAUCAGGCGGCCUAUUGAAAAAGGUACUUUUAGUAGGUGCCAAUAAAGGUUUGGAAUAUGAGCAGCUUUCUAUAAAUGAAGGGAAUCCUUUGCUUCCGGAUACCACCGUAUCACCUUCUAAAGAACACCUUUAUGUUUUAACAUCAAAUAAGGUUUUAAAAGUCUCCAUUGAGCAUUGUAAUACGUUCAUGAAUUGUUCAGCCUGCUUGGAAGGAAAAGAUCCAUAUUGUGGAUGGUGUUCGCUCGAACGAAAAUGCACUGUGAGGGGAGCCUGUCAAAAAGCAAGUCAUAGUGCACCAAGAUGGCUUUCAUAUGGCACCGGUCAGCAGUGUAUAGAUUUUGAACAAAUAGUUCCAGAUAGAAUACCCAUCAAGCAAAUGGCCACUGUCCUCCUGACAAUCAGAACCCUGCCUGAGUUACCUGCAGGUGCUAAAUACAGAUGUGUAUUUGGUGGUGCGGAGCCACUAGAUGCCGGUGUCACUCCUCAAGGCUUGACGUGCCAAACUCCAAACAUCAAUUCGAGGCCGUUAAUUCCACCUGGCAAAGAUCACGUUUUGGUUCCUCUUUCUGUGAGGUCUUCAGAGACUAACAAAGAUUUUGUUUCUCGGAAUUUCGCUUAUUACGAUUGCUCUUUUCAUACACGGUGUGUUAACUGUGUUCAUUCUCAGUGGGCUUGCAGUUGGUGUGUAUACGAGAACAAAUGCACUCAUAAUACAUCAAGCUGUCAACCGACUAUAAUCAAUGGUGAAAAUGUCUUUCCACGUGGACAGAAAUCUAUUGCUAAUGCAUGUCCACGCUUCUCCAAGAAUAGCAAACAAUUACUUCUUCCGAACCGAGUCACAAAAGAAAUCAUAUUAGAAGUUGAAAAUAUGCCUUCUCCACAACCGGGGCAUUCAGGCUUUCAAUGUAUUGUGACAAUUGAAGAUGCCAAAAUGAUGGUACCAGCGAGAAUGGAACAUCAAAGGAUAGUUUGUGAUAAAACCAUGUAUACGUAUGAAGCUAAUACUGGAGAGCAUGAGGCAGAAGUUAGUUUAGUAUGGAACAGAAAUCAUCACGUUGAUUCGAUGACUUUGACACUUUAUAAAUGUGAUAUUCUCGGGUCUCACCGGGACCAUGCAGACUGUUCCCUUUGUGUAACAAGGGAGCUGAAAUAUAAUUGUGCAUGGUGCUCUUCCACUUGUGAUUAUGCGGAAAGCUGUAAACUCACACCAACGAAAGAAUGUCCUAAACCAAGAAUAGAUAUGAUAAAGCCUCUUAGUGGCCCAAUAGAGGGUGGUACGAUGGUUACAAUUGAAGGAAGCAAUUUAGGCCUGAGAGAAGAAGAUGUUGCUGGAAAAAUUCAUAUCGGAAACACUCCUUGUAAUUUAGUCGAAUAUAAUGUUUCUGUAAGAAUAGUGUGUCAAACCGGACCAUCACCAACUGAAAAAGUAGCUGCAGUAGUUGUUGGAAACCAAGCAGGAUUCACUGAAUCAACCGUCCAUUUUAGUUACAAGGACAUAAAACUAGAAAGUGUUUCACCUUCAAGUGGACCAAGGAGUGGAGGAACUCAAUUGGCGAUAACAGGACAGUUUUUGAAUAUUGGUAGUAAUAUUUUUGUGUUUCUGGAUGAACUGCCUUGUAUUGUGAAUGCGUCUCAAACAUCAAGCAGUAGGCUGAUGUGUAUAACUUCCCAAGCGGCAACACCUAGAACAAUUUCAAAACUGAUUUUGAAAAUUGACAGUGCCAACAGAAGUCUUUCAGCUACACCUUACAUUUAUAAACAAGACCCGACAGUUUUGGAAAUAAAACCGUUGAAAAGUUUUAUAUCUGGAGGAAGGAUGAUUACUGUCCAUGGGACCAACUUAAACACCAUUCAAAAUCCAGAAAUGAUUGUGUAUGCAGAAACAUCAUCAAAAUAUGUCAAUAAAACGGAAUGUAUGGUGAUAAGUUCAGUUCAAAUGGAAUGUCCGUCCCCGGCAGUGAACGAUGAAUUUCACAGAGCCUUUAAUGUUCAACGUAUGAGUAGAUCUUUGCCAGGCAAACUUCAUGAACGUCCAACGAAACUGAUGCUUCAAAUUGGGUUCCUAAUGGACAAUGUGUUAUCCGUAAGAGAUCUUGAUAAACACUACAAAGGACUCCGUUCUCAACUUGCCUACGUAGAUGAUCCGAAUUUUUUUCAAUUUCCAAAUGAUGUCAAAUUAUAUAAAGGAGACACACUAGUAAUUGAGGGUGAAAAUUUAAAUUAUGCCAGUGACGAAAGCGACGUCAAUGUAACUAUCGGUUCAGUAGGUUGUAACGUCACGUCACUUGCAAUGUCUCAGUUAGUCUGUACCCCACCACAAUUUCAACCAUCUCCUACUGAUGAAAAAGGUGUAAGCACAAACAGAGGAAUUCCAGUAGUUGUUGUACGCGUUGGCAAAACUUUAAGAUUCCAAAUAGGUUACUUGCGUUAUGACAUGCUGUACACUUAUUCUUUUCCUCCUGAGGCAAUUGCAGGGAUUGCUACUGGUAUUGGAUGCCUGGUUUUCCUUUUUGUUAUAGUCCUUAUUGUUUAUCGGCGUAAAUCCACUCAAGCUGAAAGGGAGUAUAAAAGAAUACAAAUACAAAUGGAUACUCUUGAAAGCAAUGUCCGAUCAGAAUGUAAACAAGCUUUUGCAGAACUUCAGACAGAUAUGACUGACUUGACGGCAGAUCUCGAAUCCUCUGGUAUCCCAACUCUAGAUCAUAAUGAAUACAUAAUGAAAGUUUUCUUCCCCGGAGUGAGGGAUCACCCUAUACUUCACAACCCCAAGUCAAGGAUCAUGGGGCCAACAACCAAUUACGAUGCGGCAAUGAUGCAAUUUGAACAGCUUAUAAAGAAUAAAUAUUUCAUUUUAACAUUCAUUGAGACACUUGAAGAUCAGGAGUCUUUUAGCAUAAGAGACAAGGUCAAUGUCGCUUCCUUAAUAAUGGUAGUUUUAAUGGGACACAUGGAAUAUGCAACAGAUAUAUUAAGACACCUUUUAUUAAGGCUCAUUGAUAAGUCAGUAGGAACAAAGCAUCCUCAACUCAUGCUACGACGCACAGAAUCAGUCGUCGAAAAAAUGCUUACAAACUGGAUGGCUCUAUGCAUGUACAAAUAUCUCAAAGAUUAUGCGGGCUCUUCGCUUUUUUUGUUAUUCAAAGCUAUCAAAUAUCAGAUAGAGAAAGGUCCUGUUGACGCUGUGACUCAUGAUGCGAGAUAUUCUCUUUCCGAAGAGAGACUACUCCGUGAGCAAAUUCAACACGGUGUUGUGACAUUACACAUCGUCCAGGAUGACGUAGAUGAAAAGUUGCAAUGCAAGGUUCUUGACUGUGAUACAAUUAGUCAGGUUAAAUCUAAAAUUCUUGAUGCUCUCUAUAAAAAUCAUUCAUUUUCUUUACGACCUUCGAUUCACGAAGUAGAUUUGGAAUGGCGUCAUGGUCGCGGAGGACACUUAACUCUACAGGACGAAGAUCUCACCACAAAAACAUUGUGCGGUUGGAGAAAGCUCAACACAUUAGAGCACUACGGUGUCAAAGAAAGUGCUGUUAUGUCCUUAAUCCACCAUCAAAAUGAUUCAUACAAUGAAAUAUUUAAACAGCAAUGCCAAAAUUGUACUUCCCCUUACAUUGAUAAUUCUAUUCCCAACUUAAUGGGUAAUAAUGGUGAUGUCGAAUCGGGGUCUAAUUUACACGUCUAUCACCUUGUCAAGCCACUUGAAGAACACUCUUAUUUAACGAGCAAGCCGAGCGAAAGGACGCACAAAGCCAUUCCAGAAAUAUUUCUCACAAGGCUCCUGUCUACAAAAGGGACUAUUCAAAAGUUUGUCGACGACUUUUUUAGUACGAUUCUAACAGCAAACGACGCUUUGCCUCCUUCUGUGAAGUGGUUAUUCGAUCUUUUCGACGAAGCCGCCAAACGAUACAAUAUCUCAGACAAUGAAGUUAUCCAUGCAUGGAAAUCAAACAGCCUUCCCCUGAGAUUCUGGGUAAAUUUCAUAAAAAAUCCAGAUUAUAUAUUCGAUAUAAACAAGACAACGACAGUGGAUUCUUGUUUAUCUGUAAUUGCUCAAACAUUUAUGGAUUCUUGCUCGACAACUGAUCAUAGAUUGGGCAAAGACUCUCCUUCUAAUAAACUCUUGUUUGCUAAAGACAUUCCUCAAUAUAGAGAAAUGGUAACAAAGUUCUACGCUGAUGUUGCAUCUUUACCUCAAAUUACCGAUCAGGAACUAAGCACAGCAAUGCAACAGUUAUCCGCAAUACAGGCGAACUAUUUCCAUACAAUAUCAGCAUUAAAAGAGUUGUAUAUAUAUGUCACAAAGUAUAAUGAUCAGAUAUAUGAAUCUCUUGAGACUGAACCUACUUGCAAAAAACUUAAUUUGAGUCGAAAACUAGAGACAGUAGCUUUUACUUUAGAAGGUGAACAGACAGGUUGCUGACAAAUGCAGUCACCUGACACGUAAGGCAGAUCAGGUGACUAUGGAUAAUAGUGAGUGAUAGUUUUUGAUGCAAUAAACCAAGAUCUGAUUACUUAAUUUCAUUUCAUUAGGUUUUCUAGAUUAUUAGAAUUUCUUAAAAUUUCCUUAGUUCCUUGAAGACACGUUAUAAACUAAAUGCAAUAAAUUUUGAAAUUUGAAAUAUUUCGAUUAAAGAUGUGAAAUCAUGUUCCAUCGUAUUCAAAAUAUUUAUUUGAUGUUAUUUAAAUGUAUCUUAGUAAAAAUGAGUGUCUAUUUAUGGAAGCAAAAACCGUUCAAUAUAUAAAACCGUUAGGUUGUUUAUUAAAUUAAUUUAAUGAUCACAAAGUCUGACACAAUGGUGAAUUAAUUUUCUAUAUUUUUUAUCAUUACUUAAGUACUUAUAUUCUCAGCCUGUAAAAUAACUUUAUAAAUCUCAAUGUCAUAAAUUUAUAAAUUCGAUUAAUUUUUUUAAAAAUCGUUCUUUAAAAAA